GACAAGCCACUGGGUGCUUUGGAGUUGUUCAAAUCUUUGCGAAACGUACCACUGAAGAUGAGGUGGGAAGAUUUGGUUUUUGUUAUUGUAUUAAUGAUCUCGGGAGAAAUCUGUGCAGAAGAGGGACACUGCGAUUUUCCAAAUGUGGAAAAUGGAAUGCUUGCCCAGUAUUAUUACACUUUUAAAAACUUUUACUUUCCGAUGCGCCUACACAAAAGGUUGUCUUUCUACUGCUUGGCUGGCUAUACAACUGAACUUGGAAAACAAAAAGCGAAAACCAAAUGUACAACAGAAGGCUGGAACCCAGCGCCAAGGUGCAUCCGAAAAUGCUCUAAGCCUGAACUGAAUAAUGGUUACAUUUCUGAUGUGAAAGUAUUAUACAAAAUUGGUGAUACUAUGCGUUACAGCUGUGCUGCAGGAUACAAAACCACAGGCGGGAAGCAUGUAGAAGAGGUUCGAUGUCUUGCUCAUGGGUGGUCUUCUCUCCCAGCUUGUAGGAAGGAACAUGAAACGUGUUUGUCCCCUGAAUUGCAUAAUGGAAAUUAUUACACAACCCAGAAAACAUUCAACGUGAAGGACAAAGUGCUGUACGAAUGUGCUGCUGGUUUCUACACUGCUGGAGGAAAACAGGUAGAAGAGGUAGAAUGCCUCCCAAAUGGAUGGGCGCUCACCCCACAAUGCACUCGAUCAACGUGUCCUACUCUAAGAUUAAUAGAAAAUGGCUAUUUUUAUCCUGUGAAGCAAACCUAUGAGGAAGGAGAUGUAGUUCAGUUUUUCUGUCAUGAAAAUUACUAUCUAAGUGGAUCUGAUUUGAUUCAGUGCUAUACAUUUGGGUGGUACCCAGAGUCUCCUUUUUGUGAAGGAAGAAGAAAUCGAUGUCCCCCUCCACCUGUGCCUCUAAAUUCAAAAAAUCAAAGUUAUUCCCAAACUUACCGUCAGGGAGAAAUAGUUCGCAUAGAAUGUGAACUGCAUUUUGAGCUCCAGGGGCCAGCAGAAAUGCACUGUGAAAAUGGAAAAUGGACGGAGCCCCCUAAAUGUGUUGAAAAGAAGAGUAUAUCCUGUGAGCAACCACCCAGCAUCCAGAAUGGCUCACCAAUCCAAAAUUCCAGGGCUUAUUCCUGUGGGGGCAAAGUGGAGUACCGCUGUGAAACGGGAUACCAACUCCAAGGACCAAAAGAGAUAGAGUAUCAUCAUGGACAGUGGUCAUCUCCCCCAGAGUGUGUCAAACAAACUGAGAACUGUGGGCCUCCACCUAAUAUCACAAAUGGGGCUGUUGUUGGUGGAGUGCUGGCAAGUUACACACCUGGGUCAUCAGUGGAGUACAGGUGCAAUGAAUAUUACCUAUUGAAUGGGUCCAAAACGUCCCAUUGUGAAAAAGGAGUUUGGUCAUCUCCCCCUGUUUGCAUGGAGCCAUGCGUCCUGAGUGAAGACAACAUGACCAAGAACAACAUUGAGAUGAAGUGGAAACCUGAAGGGAAAAUCUUCCAUGGAGAUUUGAUAGAAUUCAUGUGUAAGGAGGGCUAUGGCCUGUCUCCAUCCACCUUGCCCUCUGAACUCUCUGUGAAGUGCCACAGAGGGGAGGUGAAGUACCCCUUCUGCAUUAGAAAAGGUAACACAAUGGUGCCUGUAGACCAUUAACCACCUUGGCUGGAAAUGUAUAUGGUGCCUAAAUAAUUCCUUGCCUUCAGCUGGUAAUUUGUAAAUUGGGAUUGAGCCAACUGCCAAAGUUGAGCCAACACAUAUACUUACAUAGGAUGAA